AUGUCGUCAGAACCACUUGAAUGGAAGUUUAGUCAAGUCUUUGGAAACAAAGGACCAUCCGAUGAUAUUACAGAUGUUGAUGUAGUCUCAGCAAUAGAGUUUGAUAAUACUGGUGAUUAUAUUGCAGCUGGUGACAGAGGUGGUAGAGUUGUUCUCUUUGAGAGAUCCUACGAUAAACAGGCGAGUCAGAGUGGCAAGAAGAAAGAUAACAAAUUACCCGAAUAUAGAUUCUACUCUGAGUUUCAAAGUCACGAGCCAGAGUUUGAUUAUUUAAAGAGUUUGGAAAUCGAAGAGAAGAUCAACAAAAUUAAAUGGUGUCCCAAACAGAAUGAUGCUCACUUUUUAUUAACUACCAAUGAUAAAACAAUUAAAUUAUGGAAAGUUUACGAAAAAAAGAUUAAGCAAAUUGCAACUUCAUCACCUGCUCCAUCCAACGGAAUCAAUAGUUAUAGCAGCAGUAUUAAACUGCCAACAGCCAAUAACAACCAUAUAAAUAGUCAUAAUAAUAAUUUAAAUAAUAAUAGUAUAUUUAAGGUAGAGUAUAAUCAUCUAUGUUGUUAUUGGUUGAUCCCACGUUUACAAGUUAGAGAGACAGUGAUUACUGCGCAACCAAGAAAAUUUGAAUGUACCAUCAACCACGACGGCACUCAAAUGCUCACCGGAAGCUACAACAACUUUUUCCACAUCUACGACCGCAACUCCAAGCAAGACGUUUGUCUUGAGGCAUCCAGGCAAGCCAUUAAACCAAAAUCAAAAACAUUGACCGGUAAGAUGAAAUUGCGUACCUCAAAGAAAGAGUCUAAAAGGCCUGAUGACAUUAAUCCAGAUACUAUAGAUUUUACUAAAAAAGCGUUACACGUUUCGUGGCAUCCAAAGGAGAAUUUAAUCGCCAUCGGUGCAAAUAAUACCAUAAUAAAAUCAACAACAACAACAACAACAACAGCAACAGCAACAACAACAACAGCACAGCAACAAGCAGCAGAUCAAUAA